AAAAAAAAAAAAGGAAGAAAGAAAGAAAGAAUUGCAACCCGUGCAACCUUGAAGCAACGGGUGAUUCGCCGAGUAGUCGGCCGAUACAGAGGAAAACCAUCUGCCAGAGAUGGUGCAAAGGGAGAAGUGGAUUGGUCGGCCGGUGGGAAAAAAUUGCACCUACCAACAAGAAGGAAGCGAGCGUGUCUCGUUCAUGGUCUCUGCGUGGAAGACCGGCUAUUGCCCUUCGUGGAAUACCAGAGAUGCGGGGAAAAGGAACGCGAGAUAUUGGGGAGAUGGGCAAAAGGGAAGGAGGGGUGUGCAGAAAGAUGAGAAUCUUUGUCGCGGUUUCCCCUAUAUAAGCGGCGUUUCCUCGGGAUACGAGCAUAAUCAUCCCGUCGCUUUUACGUUGUGUGUUACGUACGUACUCGCUUCAAGACCGAUAACCAUGUUCAAAACGCUGUUGUUCGCUGGAUUGUUGGCCGUUGCGUUGGCCGCGCCGGCACCCGCUCCAGCUCCAGCACCAGCUCCAGCUCCAGCUCCAGCUCCAGCUCCAGCACCUUCUAGCGCGGCCCUGAUCGGCGCUCCACUGGCUCCGUUGGCACCGGCUCUUCUCCCCAAUCCGAUCGGACCCCUUCUCUACUCCAACUACCCGGCGUCGAUUCCCCUUAUUAAUUACCCUUACAAUGCCCCUUACAUCUACAAAAGCUACGUCAUCUAA